UCUUGACCCUCUCCCGCUCUCUCCCGCAAGUCAAUCCAUCCGAUAUAUCUCUUGCGAGUCUUGCGCCUACCAUGACUGAAGCCGUAUCUAAAUCGCCUUCUCCGGCGGCCCCGGCAGAUCGGCCAACCGCUACCAUCGAAGAGGCUGCUGACGUUGUAGCCGUUGAGGUUGGCACCGAGGUAGACUCUGCGAUCGGAGACGACGGAGCAAGCGAGACCACCUCGCUUGCGUCUUCGAUUCUAGAACACACAUUUGAAAAUGGUCGCCGAUACCACUCAUACAAGUCGGGCAAAUAUAUCAUGCCAGAUGACGAUGACGAGCUAGACCGGCUGGAUAUUCAUCAUCAUAUUGCUCUACUCCAUCUGAACGGCGAGCUUCACCUCGCACCGAUUGGCGAGAAUCCGGGAGCAAUCCUCGACGUGGGAACUGGAACAGGAAUCUGGGCAAUUGAUAUGGGUGACAAGUAUCCAAGUGCGAAGGUUACCGGAGUCGACCUCAGCCCAAGACAACCUUCCUGGGUCCCACCAAAUGUGCAAUUCGAGAUCGAUGACGUCGAGGACGAAUGGAAUUUCCGCGGCCAAUUCGAUUUCGUCCAUUGUCGAUACCUGGCCGGCUCCAUCCAUGAUUGGUCUAAGCUCAUUAAACAGUGCUUUCGACAACUCAAUCCUGGUGGUUGGGUUGAGUUCAAGGACUGGGACGUCCGUCCUUACUCCCCCUCCGGCGAACUAGGAAAGCUGCCCGACAAUGCCGUCAAAGCCUGGCACGAUGUGGUGAUGGAAACAUGCGGAGAUUACUAUGGCGCGACGCCAACUCCCGCCCUCAUCAUCCCGGACAUCUGCAAAUCUACAGGUUUCACCAAGUUGGAAAAUCAUGUUUUCGAAGUGCCCUCCGGCAGCUGGCCUAAAGACAAGAAGAAGAGUUUGGUUGGCCAGUACUACGGAACUACCAUGCGCGAGGGGGCCGCUGCGAUGAGCAUGCGGCUCUUGACGGCAUUCCGGGGCUGGGAUCCGAAGGAAGUGGAUGUGCUGAACGCGAAGUUCCGUGAGGACAUGAAGACGACGUACUUUUACCACAAGUAUCAUAUCAUUUAUGCUCAGAAGCCCCUCGAUACCCCGGAAACGUGACCUAGUACGAAAAGGGCUUAUUUGCACUCGCUUAUCCACCCGAGACGUAAUUCGGGUCCGUCUAUAUGAGACUUCAGCCCUUGCAUCGAUUCCCUAUAGCCCGUUACCCAGAAUCCUAUAGACAGAGGGUUGCUAUCGACUACGAAGGCGAAGGGUUUACAUCAUGAGAGGAUGACUGGCGCUGGAAUGCCGAAUGCUUUAUUUUCCUCAUAUCCAUAGAUAUGGGGUUAGUCUGUUUAUAGCCCUAUAUCCCAGGGAUUUAGCAACACCAUCAUUUAACGUCAAACUACUAACUAUAGACCCACUUUCCGCGAGUCCAUAGAUCCACCAAAUCGCAAACGUCUCCUAAGAAAAUGCUUUUGGGCAAUGCCGGCAACGACGGCAAUGAAACGAGCGAGUUUCCACCAAGCCAAAACCCCUUCAAAUACGGCAUUAAAAUACUGCCGUUUUUUGGGGGCAAGUUCAGUAGCAC